CAUCUGUGACGUGGCGCAAGUUUUCCGCAGAUCAGUUGAGACUUUACCAUGACGGAGACCAACUCGACACCGCUGCCUCCCUCCCCGCAGCCAUCAGAGCCAUCCCCUCCCCCCUCCACAGGCUCCAAUGAUACUGCGGCCACCGACCACCAGACAGCGUCGUCUCCGUUCCUGUACCUCCUGACGCUUUGCGCGUCCAUCGGCGGUUUCCUCUUCGGCUAUGACACAGGAGUAAUUUCUGGGGCUUUAGUUUUGCUCCAGAGUCCGCAAGGGUUCGCUCUCUCUGACCUACAGAGCGAAAUGGUUGUGGCCUCUGCAGUGGGUGGUGCCAUCGUCGGCGCUUCACUGAGCGGCAUUGGCAACGACAAACUUGGACGACGUCGAGUAAUCUUAGUGUCUUCAGCAUUGUUUACAUUGGGAGCAGUUAUCAUGGCAAUGGCGGAGAAUUUCGUCGAGUUGCUGAUCGGUCGGCUGAUUGUCGGAAUUGGAAUCGGUUGUGCCUCCAUGACAGUCCCGCUGUACAUCGCAGAGGCGUCACCUCCACAAAUACGAGGGUAGUUGGUGUCGCUCAAUUCAGCGUUGAUUACAGGUGGACAGUUCUUUGCCAGUGUAUUAGAUGCACUGUUGGCGGAUACGGAGGGAGGCUGGAGAUACAUGCUGGGACUUGCAGCCAUUCCUGCAAUUGUGCAGUUUGCUGGGUUUUUGGUGUUGCCGGAGAGUCCUCGGUAUCUUAUUAGUAAAGGGAGGGACGAUGAAGCACGAGCUGUGUUGCUAAAGAUUCGAGGAGAGCAAGAAAUUGACAUGGAGUUGGGGCACAUUAGAACGGAACUACAGGGAUCGAAGCUUGAGGAGUCCAGUGUAUGGGAAGAAUUAAGAUCUCCACCCGUAAUGCGGGCACUUAUAUUAGGCUGCUUCUUGCAGUGUUUGCAGCAACUCUGUGGUAUCAACACUGUCAUGUACUACGGCGCAACUAUUAUUCAAAUGGCUGGGUUUACAGACCCCACCACUGCCAUUUGGUUGUCUGCGCUCGUCUCUUUCAGCAACUUUAUCUUCACUUUUGUCGGUAUUUAUCUGGUGGAAAGACCUGGUCGUCGACUACUGACCCUCGGAAGUUUAGCAGGAGUUUUCUUGGCUCUAGUCGCUCUUGGUGGGAGUUUUUUCGUGGCUGAGAUGGAGUCGGUGGAGGUCAAAGGUACGGGGGCUUGUGCAGGUUUCUCAACGUGUUUCGACUGUGUAGCGAAUGCUGCUUGUGGAUAUUGUUCGAGUAUGGAAACCAACUUGUGUAUGCCAGGAGAUGCGGCAUCUCCCUCGCUUGGGUUCUGCUCGGGUCCAGAAUGGACGUUUGAUUCCUGUCCUAAUGACAACAAGGGGGCGAGUUGGGCGAUUCUUAUCGCAAUGUUCAUGUAUCUUGCGUUCUUUGCAAGCGGAAUGGGAUGCAUGCCAUGGACAAUCAACGCUGAGAUUUAUCCUCUACGUGUUCGAAGCUUUGCGUUAAGCGUGUCGACUUCAGUGAACUGGGUGUCCAAUCUACUCGUAUCAUUUACUUUUCUCUCGACUAUCAACGCGUUGGAACCGUAUGGGGCCUUUUGGUUGUAUGCUGUUGUUUCGCUAUUUGGGUUUGUAUACCUGUGGAGAGAAUUACCUGAGACGAAGGGUCUAGAACUAGAUGAAAUUCAGCGGAUAUUCGCUAGUCGAGUAAAGUACUCAGCGGUGAGCGAUAAGUCAACUAAACACGGCCACACGCAAGAUAUUCAAGAAGUGCAAGACACUACCGCGUGAUAGCAAGAACGCAAAUAAUAUUUCUAGUAUUUGGCUAUGUGGCAUGGUGGAAGUUAACCGUGCUGCGAAGUAAAUUUAACCUGAUUUUUCAAAUAUAAUACUGCUGCUAACAAUAUCUGCUGGGAAUUUUGCGACAACUUGCCAAAACAGAGAUUUCCAUCCUCCUCAAUGAUGAUAUUGGAAAUCUCAAUCUGAAAAUCGUUCUGCGAGUGUGUGCGACGGAAGUAAAUCAUGCUUACCAAGACUUCUCAGACCGACGUAUUUAUUGGGCUCGUGUAAAUCUUCACAGUAUCGUUAUUGUAGGACAAAAUGAUAAAAUCGAUAAACAUGUUCGAGGCGACAUACAUUACUUCGAA